CCUGGGUGUCCUCUGCCCGGAAGACGGAAGUGCAAAGACUUCCGGUCGGCGUGAUCCUGAGGCGUGUGUGUUGGUUUUUCAGGUAAAACAUGGCUAAAAGCUUACGGAGUAAGUGGAAAAGAAAGAUGCGUGCUGAAAAGAGAAAAAAGAAUGCCCCAAAAGAGCUCAGCAGGCUUAAAAGUAUUCUCAAACUAGAAGGUGAUGUUUUAAUGAAAGAUGUUCAAGAGAUAGCAACUGUGGUGGUACCCAAACGCAAACAUUGCCAAGAGAAAAUGCAAUGUGAGGUAAAAGAUGAAAAAGAUGACAUGAAAAUGGAGACUGAUAUUAAGAGAAACAAAAAGACUCUUCUAGACCAGCAUGGACAGUACCCAAUAUGGAUGAACCAAAGGCAAAGAAAAAGGCUGAAGGCAAAGCGAGAGAAAGGAAAGGGGAAAAGCAAAGCAAAAGCAGUGAAAGUGGCAAAGGGUUUGGCCUGGUAGACUCUUAAAACCUUGGAAAAUGCCACACGGGAUAGAUGAUGGAUUAGAAUGUAUACACAUGUAUACUUUGAUUUCAGCUGCCACCAAAUGAAAACUAUUUGUUUUCCUAUUUUAACUUGGCCUUUUUUCUGCAGUUCAAACCCAGCAUAACUCCUCAAGUUUGUUUUGGGAACUUAAAUAAAAUAUUUUCUUUGAUACAUCCAAGCUCUACUGAUACUUUAAUUGGAUGCUACCCAAUAUCCAGUUAUAAUCAGGCCUCAAAGUUCUGUCAGGUAUUAAUGUGGUUAGACGUUCUUACAAGUGGUAAUUAUAGUCAGUAGAGAUAAAACAGAUGAUGUACUGACAAAUUUUUGUGAACUUAGAUUUAAAGAAAGCUGUUGUAUAAUCAUACCAUUUAAAAAUACAACAUUAGGCCUGGGCACGGUGGCUCACACCUGUAAUCCCAGCACUUUGGGAGGCCGAGGCAGGCGGAUCACCAGGUCAGUUCAAGACCAGCCUGGCUAAUAUGGUGAAACCCCAUCUCUACUAAAAAUACAAAA